AUGGUGCAGGCUUGGUCACUGAGCCAGCCUGACUGGACCUGCAAGAUCGAUGAAGGUCCUGCAGGGAUUGCAUAUGCUCGCUGGAGCCCUGACAGUCGCCAUAUACUCACUACAUCCGAGUUUCAGCUCCGUCUCACUGUGUGGUCUCUCGUAAAUACAGCAUGUGUGCAUGUCCAGUGGCCGAUGCAUGGUUCUAGAGGUGUUUCUUUUACCAAGGAUGGGAAGUUUGCUGCAAUCUGCACCAGGCGUGAUUGCAAGGAUUACAUAAAUUUGCUCUCAUGUCACUCCUGGGAGAUAAUGACUGUCUUUGCCGUUGACACGGUAGACUUAGCUGGUGUUGAAUGGUCACCAGAUGAUAGUUGUAUUGUUGUCUGGGAUUCACUUCUUGAAUACAAGGAAGUGGAUGACCCAUGGCAGCUUGAUAUGUCAGAGUUAUGUCUAAGUGAAGGCUUCUCUCGUAACAUGCAAGACAAUGGAGUAGAACGUGCAUUGCACGUAGAAGGGGGGUUCAACGAGCUUCCUAAUAAAGAAAAGCGCCACAAAGCAGGCAGGAUUACAUUAAAAGAAGAAAAGCUAUGGCUAGCCACCUAA